GCCCGUGAAGCUGAUUAGCUACCUUCAACCCGCUGAUUGGUCCACCUGAGGAAGAGGGGAACACUUAAGCUUUUUCUCAUUUGAUAGGACCCAGCCAUGGAUAAGAAGGACGAAGCGGAAAUGAUGGACGAACACCAACAAAAUGGGGAUUUAAGUAAAAGCAAGAAGAAAGGAAAGAAGAAAGAGAAAGAACCAAAGUUGCCCAUGGUUGGCGCCAUUGGUGUGUUUAGGUUUGCAAGCGGCGUGGACAUUCUGUUGAUCCUGACUGGGACGCUCUGUGCUAUGGUUCACGGUGUCAUUCUUCCUCUCAUGUGUAUUGUGUUCGGGGACAUGACAGACAGCUUUAUAAAUGACUCUGCGAUGAGCAGCAUCUCCAAUGCCACAGCACCAAGAAACAGCACAUUACAAGCAGAAAUGAAGGGCUUUGCGAUCAGCUACUCCAUCCUGGGAUUCGUUGUGCUGCUGGUUGCCUACGGGCAGGUGGCCUUCUGGACGCUGGCCGCUGGACGGCAGGCCACACGCAUCCGCAAGCUGUUUUUCCACCACAUCAUGCAGCAGGACAUCGGCUGGUACGAUGUCACUGAAACAGGAGAGCUCAACACGCGUCUCACAGAUGAUGUCUAUAAGAUCCAAGAAGGAAUUGGCGACAAAGCUGGGAGGCUUCUCCAGGCCUUAACCACCUUCGUCACAGCGUUUGUCAUCGGCUUCGUCAAAGGCUGGAAGCUCACCCUCGUCAUCCUGGCUGUUAGCCCUGCGCUGGCCAUUGCAGCUGGAAUCUUCUCCAAGGUGCUGGCGACUUUCACUACUAAAGAGCAGACUGCAUAUGCCAAAGCUGGAGCUGUGGCAGAAGAGGUGCUCUCUGCUGUCAGGACAGUGUUUGCCUUCAAUGGUCAGGACAGAGAAAUCAAGAGAUACAAUAAGAACUUGGAGGAUGCAAAGAACAUGGGAAUAAAGAAGGCGACAUCUGCUAACUUUUCCAUGGGCCUCACCUUCCUGUUGAUCUACCUGUCCUACGCUCUGGCCUUCUGGUACGGAAGUACGCUCGUCCUGAGUAAUGAGUACACCAUUGGAACCGUGCUCACCGUGUUCUUCACCGUGCUGAUUGGAGCGUUCGCUGUCGGACAGACCUCCCCCAACCUCCAGACUUUCGCCAGCGCCCGGGGAGCUGCAUAUAAAGUGUACAGCAUUAUUGAUCAUAAACCGGCCAUCGACAGUUAUUCAGAGGCCGGCUUCAAGCCUGACUCCAUCAAAGGAAACAUUGAGUUCAAGAACAUCCGCUUCAGCUACCCCUCAAGACCAGACAUCCAAGUUUUAAACGACUUGUCUCUGAGUGUGAAGAGUGGACAGACCAUUGCCUUGGUAGGGAGCAGCGGCUGUGGGAAGAGCACAACGAUCCAGCUGCUGCAGAGGUUCUACGAUCCUCAGGAAGGAUCUGUGACUAUUGACGGGCACGACAUCCGUUCUCUUAACAUCCGCUACCUGAGAGAGAUGAUCGGCGUGGUGAGCCAGGAGCCUGUUCUCUUCGCCACCACCAUCGCGGAGAACAUCAGAUACGGCCGACUUGACGUGACCAAACAGGAGAUCGAGCAAGCUGCCAAGGAGGCCAAUGCAUACGACUUCAUUAUGAGCCUUCCUGACACGUUUGAGACGAUGGUCGGAGACCGAGGAACUCAAAUGAGUGGCGGACAGAAGCAGAGGAUCGCAAUUGCUCGAGCUCUAGUCCGCAACCCCAAAAUCCUUCUGUUGGACGAAGCCACAUCUGCGCUUGAUGCUGAGAGUGAGACCAUUGUGCAAUCUGCACUCGACAAGGUCCGGCUCGGUCGUACCACCAUCAUUGUUGCCCACCGCCUGUCAACCAUCAGAAACGCUAACAUCAUCGCUGGCUUCCAGAAAGGUGAAGUUGUAGAGAUGGGGAGUCACAGCAAACUGAUGGAAGAAAAGGGAGUCUACCACACACUAGUCACCAUGCAGACUUUCCAGAAAGAGGAGGAGACGGAUGAGGCUGAGUGUGAGCCGUCUGCUGAUGAAAAGAGACCGUUAGUCCAUACCAACUCUCGCUCCUCUCUGAAAAAUAGGAAGACCACAAGAGGCUCCUCCUUCGCUGUCUCAGAGGCAGACAAAGAGGAGAAAGAAAAGUUAGAUGAGGAGAAAUUGGAGGAGGACGAAAAGAUUCCCCCUGUGUCGUUCUUCAAAAUAAUGCGUCUCAACAUUCCUGAGUGGCCUUACAUUUUGGUGGGGACGAUCUGUGCCAUCAUCAACGGCGUCAUGCAGCCACUGUUCGCUAUCAUCUUCUCCAACAUCAUCACUGUGUUUGCACAUCCAGAUCCAGCCGUCGUCAGGAAAAGAGCUUCGUACUUUUCUCUGAUGUUUGUUCUUAUUGGAGCGGUGUCCUUUGUCGCCAUGUUUUUCCAGGUAUGCAUGUUGAUUUAA